GACGGCUCCUGACUCAACAUUCACUGCAGAAACAUUUUCGACCAAAAACAUCCAUUUUUGACCGGCUGGCAUCAAAGUUUCAUUCAAAAAAAUCGGUAUUUUCACAACAGAUCGGCAGUUGCCAUCGUUCAGUUUAAAGGAGAACAACCUGUGUCACAAUGGCGACGCGAAGUUUGACGGAAAUCUUCAUUUUGAUGCGAAACAAUGCCAGCCAAAGUCGGCACAUCUUUUCCGAGAAUGUUCCAGAUGAUCGGAUGGCUUUAGUCUCGGGCCUUUCCAGCGAUCCGGAUGCUGUCAUUGGUGCUACCAAGAUCUCCAUCCCGCCAGAAUGGGUUGAUGCUGUUGAAGAAAUCUCUUACGAUACAACAAGAAUACAACAGAAGAUAAAGGAACUAGCCGCCUUGCAUGACAAGCAUCUAACCAGACCAACGUUAGAUGACAGUAUGGAGGAAGAACAUGCUAUUGAAAUUGCCACUCAAGAAAUCACACAGAUGUUCCACAGGUGUCAAAGGGCUAUUCAAGCCAUCGGCGGCAAGAGCAGAUCAGCGUCGGGUCAGGAGCAGAAAGUCACAAAGAACAUCAUGGGAUCGUUAGCUGGCAGGCUACAAGAACUCUCCAUCAACUUUAGGAAAUCACAGUCUAGUUAUCUAAAACGAAUGAAGAGUAGAGAGGAGCGAUCCAAACAUUUCUUCGACACCAACCUUUCUCCUGGCAGUGCAAUCAUGACAGAAGAGGACAUCAUGGAGGACGAUCUGUUGUAUGAUAGGGGAUUCACCGAUGUACAAAUGCAGAUGGUCGAGGAGAACUCGGCAUUUGUCCAACAGAGGGAAAAGGAAAUCACGCACAUUGUACAGUCCAUCGUAGACUUGAAUGAGAUCUUUAGAGACCUAGCCUCUAUGGUGGUAGAGCAGGGCACAGUACUAGAUAGAAUAGAUUACAACAUUGAGAAGACAGCUACCAAAGUUGAGCAAGGUUUAAAACAACUCCAAAAGGCCGAGAAGUACCAAAAGAAGAAUCGGAAGAUGUUGAUCAUCAUGAUCUUAUCGGUCAUCCUCAUCGUUCUCAUCAUCAUCCUCAUUGCGACCAAGUUUAGGUGAUACCUGCUCCCUCCCGGCUCAGAUCAACAAGGAGAACCAGUCUUGCCAAAGUCUACAGCUAAAAACAUUUAACUUCCGAAGAUGAUACAAUGCAUGAUGAAGAUGUGAUCAGAUUUAAACUGUCAGCUGCACAUUAUUUCUUUCUGAGAACAUGUUAACUGGAUAUGUCGAGUAGUUUAAAAUAUGUUUUGCUGAGAUGUUUAACAGCACUCCACGUGAGGAUAAAGAUUAAGCUACGAUCGUAACGUCAGGCCCGCUAAAUUUUUGCCGGAAUUCAAAGUUUCAAACUGCUGUUAGAGUAAACUUGCUGACAAGCAUGAUUAACACUUUCA